AUGGGCGUCGUGAGUCCGCCGAUCGUGGAAACUUCGAGAAGCGUCCGCCGACGCACCGCGAAUCGUACCACCACACCCUAUAACCUUACGCGACGCGUCCGGUGCGAUAGUGGGACAACGGGCCCCUUGUGUUCGGCCGGGCGGUCGGAUGGCGCGAAAACGCCAACAUUGUCCAGCCGCCGCGCGGGCUACGUGACCGCGCGCGAGCGGCGCAGGAAGUGGACGCCGCGA